ACCUCCUUCCUGCCUUCCCUCUGAGGAGAGAGGGAAAGGCAUCGCUGUAGGAGGAGGGUGUGGCAGGGCCUGGGUGGUCCCAGGUGUUCCCCGGCUUCCCAGAUGGGGCCUGUGAUUAGGAAGGAGGAGGACCACCCUCAUUAACGGUCAUUUACCCAAUUAUGCUUUGUGGGAUAUUCAACCCAAGGAACAUGCUGCCCCUGACCGAGCGUAAGAGGAAGCCUAAAUUCUCCAAGAAGGAGCUGGACAUUCUAGUCACAGAGGUGACCCGUCACGAAGCAGUUCUUUUUGCCAGAGAGACCAUGCGGCUGUCCCACUCCGACAGGGACAAGAUUUGGGAAGGCAUAGCUCGGAAAGUUACCUCCGUCAGCCAGGUUCCCCGCUCCAUCAAGGACAUUAAGCACAGGUGGGAUGACAUGAAGCGCAGGACCAAGGACAAGCUGGCCUUCAUGCGGCAGUCACUGUCGGGCCCAGGGAUCGGGGGCCACGCCCAUCCCAUCAUGCUCGCUGCCCACGAGAGAGCCAUCAAGUCUGCACUGCUCACGGCCAGGGCAGAGAUGGAUAGAACCGACAGCCUGUCUACCAGCUAUGAUGGAGGUGAGGAAGCUCCUGGGCCCUCAUGGCAGCCUCUUCAGAUGCCCCUACUGCGUCCUUCAGAGGAAGAGAUCCCCCUGGCCAGGUCCUCUCUGCUCUGUUCAUCUUCCUCAGACCAGUCCAAGAUGUUGGGACCUAAGCCAGAGGUCCUGCCCCAUCCCUCUCUCUGGGCCCAGGCCCACAGGACCCCAGAGCCACAUCCCAACUCACCCACCAUGGGCUUGGACUGGCAUCUCCUGCAUGCCCAUGCCCAUCAGACUGAAAUGUUCCAGAAAUUCUGCCAGGAGCUGGUGACUGUGCACCAAGACAUGGCCGACAAUAUGCAUGUCAUCAGCCAGACUAUGGCUGAGCUAAACAGCCGUGUUGGUCAGAUGUGUGAGAUGCUUACGAAGAUCCGAGAUGCAGUUCAGGCAUCUCAGCAUGGGCCAGAAGGGGUGGCCCCCAUUGACUACACUUUCCAGGCUCAGGCACCCCUGUCGGACCCUACACCAGCUCCCCCAGAACCAGCCCCAACACGGACUACCAGGUCUCGGAAGAGAAAGCACAAGUUCUAACCUGGCCAGUUUGCAUAAGGAGGAGCAAUGCCGGUGGUGUCUGACCUCGAGAUAGGGGAGUCUCUUGUGUCCAGAAACAAGACUGAUGACCCUGGGGCACAGUCAUCUCUUCACCUGGUGCAGUCCAGCUUCCUGUGCUUUAACAGAGCGGGUAUACAGGCCCACCACCCCCUUAAUCUCAGGAAGAUGCUCAAGACACAAGAAAAGCUGUCUGCUUGAAUGCUUGCUUGGCCUAGAAGGUUGCUCUCCUCGUGGCCUGUAUCCUAUAUCCUAUGGAGCAGGCCUUGCUGGGGCAGGGG